AUGCGUUUCUCUACCAUUGCCGUCGCCGCCGCGGCCACUGUCGCCAACGCCCAGCGCCCCUCGGACACGCCCAUCUGCGACUACUACACCACUGCUCUCCUCAAGAACAACACGGCCGAGAACCAGGCCACGCUCUUGACUCUUCUCGUCAACACCGUCGUCAUUGGCAAUUACACCAUGCCCAAUGUCGGCGUCUCGGUCCCCGGUAUCCUCAAGGAGGGUGAGCAGGACGGCACCAAGGUCAACCUGGCUCCUUACUUCAACGGCAUGCUGGCCUCGACCAACCGUGGCGAUAAGGCCACUUGCGUCAACUUCCUCGAUGGCGGUGCCGCCGAGCCCCUGAUGAACAACAAGCCCGCCAACGACGAGAAGUCCAACCAGUACUUCCUCCUCACCCAUCUGUACCAGUUCUUCGGCACCCUGCUCGGCUGCACCAAGCAGGGCAUGUCUGGCUUCGAUGCCUACGACGGCAACCCCUCCAUGUACAAGGUCCACAAGUUCAUGAACCUGGGUAAGCCCGAGAUGGACUACUUCAUCGCCCAGGUCGCCAUGGCCGCCGCCUCGUUCGGCGUCGCCAAGGACGACAUCACCGCCGUCGGCAAGGCUCUCGGCGACACCUUCAACAUGCGCUGCAGCGCCCCCGCCGAGGUCAUCAAGGGCAAGGGCGCCCAGCCCCAGGCCAUCUGCAUCAAGUCCGGCUGCGACGAGGCCAAGGACGCCAAGUGCGACGCCUACGCCGAGGCUGUCGCCCCCGGCAACUGCACCAUGAGCAUGACCUCGUCCGGCUCCAUGAUGCCCACCGGCACCAGCUCCAUGAACGGCGGCGGCUCCAUGACCUCUGGCUCCAUGACCGGCUCCGGCUCCGCGACUGCCACCCCCACCUCCACCAACCCCCCUAAGAGCGGUGAUGGCAACGUCAACAGCUUCGGCCUCGCCGCCGUCGCUGCCGCUCUCGCUGCCUAUGCUCUGUAA